CCAAGGGCGAGGUUAGCUGUGUUCUGGGAUCUUGACUCUGAGAGUGAAAUAGCAACACCUACAAUGUAAAGCAAGCUCAGCAGUACAGAGCAGAUGUCAAGAACUCCGAGUCCGUCAGGUUUGCCCUGAAAGCCUUCUCAGCUAUCAGCAGCAACAACUAUGUCAAGUUCUUCAAACUAGUCAGAUCAGCGACGUAUCUGAAUGCCUGUAUAAUGCAUCGCUAUUUCAUGCAAGUUCGUAACUUGGCUCUGGAUGUGAUGAUCAAGGCAUAUACCUUCAGCAGUACCAGAGGCUCCAACUUCCCCUUGGUGGACAUCUCAACAUCGCUGGCGUUUGACGACAUCACGCAGGCCUCUGAGUUCUGUCAGUCGCACAACUUGACCGUUGAAGACGGUGUCGUGACUUUCAGUCGUUCAGCCUUUGAGCAUCCUGACAUCACCCCUGUGGCGGAGAGGUCCCAUUCCAUCAUUGAGGUCAAGAAUUCAAUGUCCAUCGGAGAGGUGGUCAACGGUGGCCCUCUCCCCCCAGAGGUCAUUCAUCAUCCAAUGUCAAGUUUCGACGAGAAUGGGAACUAUAAGGGAUAUACAGUCAUUGCCAAGGCAACGCCAGCACCCACCAAUGAGCAAGAGGCGCCGAUACCUGAGAAGGAUCAGAGAAUGGCAGGAAGCCCCGUCAAGGCCGCUGAGACCCCGAUGCCAACAGUGCCCUCUACUGUCCCUGCGGAGGUGAAGGCGUCGAUGGCCGAGACGCCGUACUCUAAAGCGGAAAUCAAAGAAGCCGCCCGAGGGAUGUUCCUUGAGGUCAUCGAUGAGAUGGCUCUGGAGUUGAGUAACAGCCUACUGUACUGGGUCCAUUACAUCCGUAGUGGCUCCUCGGACAUCUUGGACGAGGCGUAUGAAGGAGUGUCCGUUCCUAUGGUUGCUGAGAUUGCCAAGGAGGUCGUGCAGGAGCAGAGAAUGCAGGAGAAGAGGGUUCAGGAGCUGAGAGUUCAAGAGGAGAAACAGAGACUUCAUGAAGCACAACUUGCCGAGAUGACACGACGUAGAUUAGAGCAAGAGCAGCAACAAAAACAUCAAGAACAGCAACAAGCUUUGAUGGAGAGGAAAGAGCAACAAAAGAGGAUAGCGCUGGGUAUCCACGAAGAUACCCUAGCAACCGUCGUCAAGGGAGAGGCUGUUACUAUAGCAACGAGUGAAAUUGAACGCCAGCUGAGGAUUGAGUGCAUGAGGCGAUCCAUCGCUCACAUCAGUCAAGAACUCAUCAUGGAGGUCAUUGCCGAGGAAGGGCAACGAGUGUCAACUGAGCUCAUUCAGAUGGAGACUGCUCAACGUGACCAGCGACUUGCUGAGAUUGAGAAAGCCGUGCUACUCGGACAACAAGCUAAAUACUUACAGAGAUGGUACAGGGUCUACACAAAGCGCAUCCGACUGAGGAGGAUGCUGCUGACCUUCCCAGCAGCCCCGCCCAACCAGAGCGCCCAGGAGCAGCUUAGGGUGUUGUGGGCGGGGCGUAGAGAGACCAAGGAGGUCACGGAUGAAGGCGUGGCAAGGGAGAGGUCGGGUGUGACUCUGGAGUCUCCAUACGGUAUUGAGACUGGCCGGGAGAAAAUUGCCCACUCCAUCCUCCGGAUUCACUACUUGCAAAACCUUCGCCGCCAGAAGGCGUGGUCAUCCCUCGACCUCCCCACUGUACUUGGCAACUCCUUCCGUUCACAUCAUGCAUCCUUGACGGGAGGCAGUCACCAUGGCAACAGGCAGCAGCACCACUACUGGAAGCUGGUAGCUUCGCUGCCUGCAUCGGGUUCACAUGACCAGGAGAGGUUGUGUGAUUGGCUGAAGGCGAAGCUGAGGAGAGGGAAACUCUCUGAGGGCGCUAGGAGGGGUCAGCUUGGGGACAAUGAUCAGGUUGAAACACUUAGUUUGUACUCUGCAAGAGUGCCCCACGUAUCACCCAACAAGCUCUGCACACUCAGUAUCUGCACAAAGGUCACAAUGGGGUCAAUGACCUCUAAUCAUCAUUCUAAGCGCAAUCAGCUGCUAGGAACCAGCGGGAUCCUGUUUGCACUGGAUCCACCCAGUAGUAACCAGAAUUUUUGGCGCCAAGCAAAGUCUCGACUGGACUCCAUCCUACAAGCCAAACCGGUAACUCCGCCUCUCCCUUUAGUCAUCGCCCUCCUUGAUUGGUCAGCUACUGGGCAUGCUCAGAGCAUGUGUAUAGAGAUGCUAGCUCUCGAUCGACUGGCUGAGAAGGGUUUCUUGUCGGGUUAUAAUUUCUUGGAGGUCACUGAGGACGUUGAGUUGCCGCAAAACAGCCAAGAGUUGAGCGAGUCUUUGGAUUGGCUGGCUACUCGUAGCCCCCCUCCUCCAUCUCUCUCUGAAGAUACCCUCAAGGGUUACCUGGACACUGGGAUGACAGCCUUCUUCAGUCUGUCUCUCUAUGAGGAUGCCAAGACGCGGAGAGAUGCGUGUUUACCCGAGCAGGAUUGCUGUCGUGUGAUUAAACUCUACAAUGCAACAGUCAGGCACCUUGCUGAUGUGGCCAGCAGCGAUUCCCUGACUUCCCUCUCAUGGCCUCCUGCAGAGUUCACAAAGUCGGACAACCAAUCAGAACUCCCAAGUCCUGAUUGGAACUCUAAGAAGCAGAUGGAACUUCUGAGGCAAAAGAUACUAUUUUUACUCUUACCAAGUCUACCUCUUAUUAGCGAAGAUGGUAAGCAAUUACCUCUUAUUAGCGAAGAUGAUGACUGGCAGUCUGUGGUGGAUUUCUGUCACAAGUAUCUCAACUCCCUUCCAGGGAGCCAGAAGAGCAAAGUUCCGCUCUUUGCAAGGGUGCAGAGAAUUCUAGAGAAGUUUCGUCGUUCUUUUGAAGACACCUGUUACCUGACGUAUGAUGCACCGGGCUGUGAGCCGCUGGCUGGGCAUGUACCAUGGAGUAGAAUCAUUGAAGAGUGUGUCAGCUAUAUGAUGUCAAUUGUACAAACUCAACGAGAUAGUGAUGACGGUGAAGAAGGGAAUGACCUGACAGUUUUCUACAUUCAGAGUGAGUUUGAUGCUUUUGAAAUACCACAUACCUGGAGAGAUGCUGUCAAUACAACCAGGGCGGAAACCUUUGUUCAGCCACCAAGAUUUGUCUCACAUAUUGCCAGCAUUGUCCGGCAGAAGCAAGCCAACUUUAUUGAAAAAAUCCAAGAAGCAAGUUUAAUCGAAAGACAGAACGAAGAAACGCCAAUCACCGUUCUGGAGAGGGAACCCCCGCGUGAUGUUGCCGCUAAGAACACAGCCACAGCGGUGAAGACAGUGCUGUAUUCCGCCAAGGAGGAAUCCAAAAAGUUUGACGCUCUACUCCAACAAUGGCUUCAUGGCACAGUAGAGGGCGCUACAUUACAAGAUGGCGCUACACUACAACAUGGUGCUACAUUCCAAGAUGGCGCUAAGCGGUCUCCACGGCAACAAGAUGCAGUCAAGAGGACUCCAUCUUCCUUUGGCUCCUCGCCUCACCAUGUGGAGCAGAGUCUAGAUAACCUCAGGAUUAGUAUUGAGUCUGAGAAACGAGCCGACAGACUCGCUGAACUCAGACUGGCGAAUCUACUCACCCUAUGAUGCAUCUGUGGCACGUUCCCCUUCUUCAAUUGCAAUAGGGUGCGUUUGAUUAGAUUCCCAAAGUCCACCCAGGUCGACCCCCCCGGUGCGUUCAAAUAGCUUUGACAUCAUUUGCGGGGCUCACCCAGGUCAGCCCCAAGUUCCCUACUUGUGGUUUUGACAUUGAAAAUAAUCAUUUUAUGAUCUUUCGGAAGUCAGUUUCUGACAUACAUGUAAUGCACAGAAAGAAAGUAGUUCCCGUCUGCUUUCCCAUGAGCACAUAUGAGGGGCUCACUUGGAUGAGCACACUGGGGUUGACCCAGGGAAGCUAAUCGAACACACUCUAUAAGGACUGCUGAUUAAAGGCACUGGACAUGU